GUUGCUAGGACGACCAGGCUCCCCGCAGCAAAGGCGACUAUAAAAACGGAAGGCGGCGCAAAGCACAGCCCACUUGGACAGAAGAACCAGCAUCCGUGAGAUACCUCCACUCCACCUAAGCAACAGCAAUCAUGGCAGACCUCCAUGUUGGAAUCAAUGGCUUUGGCCGCAUUGGCCGCUUGGUCCUGAGGGCCUGCCUCCAGAAAGGCAUCAAAGUUGUGGCCAUCAACGACCCCUUCAUUGACCUGCAGUACAUGGUCUAUAUGUUCAAAUAUGAUUCCACUCAUGGACGUUACCAUGGAGAAGUGUCCCAUGAGGACGGCAAGCUGAUAGUCGAUGGGAACGCCAUCUCUGUCUUCCAGUGCAUGAAGCCAGCUGAGAUCCCUUGGGGCAGCGCUGGAGCCAAAUACGUAGUCGAGUCCACCGGAGUGUUUCUCAGUGUGGAAAAGGCCUCACUUCACAUCCAAGGUGGGGCACAGCGUGUGGUCGUGUCUGCCCCCUCACCCGACGCUCCAAUGUUUGUCAUGGGAGUCAACGAAGACAAAUACGACCCCUCUAGCAUGACCAUCGUCAGCAAUGCCUCCUGCACCACUAACUGCCUGGCCCCCUUGGCUAAAGUCAUUCACGAUAACUUUGGCAUUGAGGAGGCCCUCAUGACUACAGUUCAUGCUUACACAGCCACUCAGAAGACAGUGGAUGGUCCUAGCGCCAAGGCCUGGCGUGAUGGACGUGGUGCCCACGCAAACAUCAUUCCAGCUUCCACUGGUGCUGCCAAAGCAGUGGGCAAAGUCAUCCCUGCUCUCAACGGAAAGCUGACAGGUAUGGCAUUCAGGGUGCCAGUGGCUGAUGUGUCUGUGGUGGAUCUAACAUGCCGCCUGUCCAAGGCCGCAUCUUACGGCGAGAUUAAGGAGGCUGUUAAGAAGGCUGCGCAUGGACCCAUGAAGGGGAUCCUGGGAUACACCGAAGACCAGGUGGUGUCCUCUGAUUUCAUUGGUGACACUCACUCUUCCAUCUUUGAUGCUGGAGCAGGCAUCUCUCUUAACGACAACUUCGUCAAGCUCAUUUCCUGGUAUGACAAUGAGUACGGCUACAGCACCCGCGUGGCUGACCUGCUGCUGUACAUGCAUUCCAAGGAGUAGACACUAACUGCCCAGAGAAGAAGUUAGGAAAGGGACCACCCCAACCCUCCUCAUCCCCUCCCUGCUCUUUUAACACACCAGCCCACCCAUAGCCAAGUCAUAGCGUCCCUGCCCUUAGCUCUAUCUACUACAGUAUAUGUAGGCGGCAGCAGCAGUGUUUCAGUGUUUUGAGUUCAUCUGUCCCUUCAUUUUUCAUUAUGAGGCGACCGGUUGGUAAAAGUGUUUUUGUGUCCGUGUGCCCCUUUAAACCUCCUUCUGCCCUAGAUGUUGUUAUGACUGAGUUCUGUGGUGACUACUGUAUCCAUCUCACUGUCAUUGUGUUUUAAAAGCUUAUUCACCGGUGGAAGGAGGAAGUUGAAAGGCAGGCCUUGUGUAAUCCUGCUUUGAGAUGAAUGAGACCAAGAAAUAAAGUUUGAAAAACCCUCAAAA